GAAGAAGUACAGUUCUUUGUCGCUGUUUAAUGACGUAGUAAACCGUAGUGACCGUGAGCUGUUUGACAUGUAAAGAAUAGGAAACGUGCUGAGAACAAUAUGUUGAAUUUAGCCGCUUUAGUGCACAGCCUCAGAUGCUCCUUACUGCAUAUAGAGAGCAGACUUCUGCAGGCCGCGGGAUUAGACCGACACCUGGCUCCAGUGCUGGCAGUGAAUUGCCCAAGCCUCCUGCCUCAGGUCGACCAGGAGGAGCAGCAGAGUCCAGAGGAGAGCCCUGACCUUCUGGACAGCAUCUUGUGGAUGGCAGCACCCAAAAAAAGACGCACUAUAGAAGUUAACCGCACUAGAAGGAGAGCUGACAGCAAACUAAUAAAGCUCAAGACCAACAUUGAGCCUUGUCCAGAAUGCGGCCACUUGAAGCAGAAACACAGCCUGUGUGGCUUCUGUUAUGCUAAGGUGUGCAAGGAGACCGGUCUGAUUCGUCAUCAGAUUCAAGCAAUGGAAGGAGGCCCACUGAGGGCCCCGACUGUCGAGACAGUCGUGCUGUAUGAGGGUGAGACACCAAGCCAGCAGGACAAAGACAAGAGGAUAGUGGAGAGGGCCAGAAAGAGGCCCUCCUGGUUCAGUUAUUAAGGCUGUUUGCUACGUACCUUCAAACUGACGCGUCUGGUAGGAUGCACACUGGCGCUCUAUUUGAGUUGUAAGCAGUAUAUUUUGUCAAGGCUGUUAUUCAGUAAAUGAAAGAGGGUGAUGCAACGCAUAAAGGGGUCUGAUUAUUUUAACAGAACUGAUACAGGAGUGUGGAUAAACACUGGAACAUCAGGCAGUCAUUUUCACUUAUCUUUGUGAAGAUACUAAACUAUAUGUGUAAAGUGUGGCUACAGAAAAUCCACCAAGAAUUUGAAGCAUUUCAUACAAGAUACCAUGGUUUAUUUUUGUGUCACUGUUGAAGCAGUUUGUCAGUUUGUUUGUUUUUUUUUUUGAUUGAGAGACAUUUACUGUAAAAUAUUUGAAAUAAAUUCAGGAACCAGGAGUAUCUACGUUCACUUUUUUUAAUGUCAGUGAGAGCAGGCAUUGCACAGAGCAGUGAAUGCAUUAGUUGAAUAGUUUUUAGCUGCAUAUGUAUUUCAGCUCUUCAGGCUUUUUAAUUACAGGUGAACUCCUAUUUUAUAAUACAGUAAGAAACAACAAACGUUUACCAACUGUGCUCCAAUGCUAUUAGCUGCAUGAUUCAUGUCUUUUCUUAAUAAAAUUACAACAAAUGACUUGUCGGGAGUAUAGUUGUGUUAAUGGUUUCUGUGUAUCCCUGUUGCUUUUUAUUCCUGUUCCAUUUCUUUUUUAGAUUUAUAUAGUAUGAGCUUCCACGUUGCUAUUGUACUAAAUGGUUAGAAACAGCAUUGUAAAGGGACCCCCAGUGAGUUGAUAUUAUACCUUUGUAAAUAUUGCAGUACUUUUGAGUCUUUAAGGAGAAAACAUAAACAAUGGAAAAACAAAGCUUUUAAACCAAAAAUGUAUAUGAAAGAUUGAGUGGUAAGUGUCAUUACAUUUGAAUUCACAUCCUGCACUUACUCACCAAGGUAUAGUAAAAAAAACAUCACAGCUGAAUGACACAGAUAAAGUUAAACCUUUCAUUACAGGGUUGAAGUGUGAAAUGAAAGUUUUUAUGUUUGUUUUUUUUUUUUUUUUUGCAGUUUGCAGCACUGAAUACUACUUUGUACUCGGUUUACUUAGAUUCACAUGCACCUUCAGAAGAGUCCUGUCUCCCUGACAGUUACAGUAUGAGGCUCCCACAAACCUAGAUUAAACUAGAAAUUUCAAACCAGUGACGGUGAAGUCGCGUUAUACCAUAGAUUUAUAGGCCUUGUAUCAUUAAUUGCAACACAGGACUGUAAAUAGAGAUGUCAUAGAUGGAAGACAAAAAGUAACGUCCCAUCAUAU